AUGGCAGAAGAUAUUUAUGAAAGGAUCUGCUUGGUUAAGCAGGAAGUUUUCAUUUAUCGAGUACCACCAGUGGCAAAUAAUCGAGGACACAGAGCUGCUGAUUGGAAACUUGAUCAACCCGAUUGGACGGGGCGAAUGCGUUUAAUUGCAUUAGGAAAACUUCUUGAAUUGCGAUUAGAAGACAAAUCGUCGGGCGAAUUAUUUGCAAAAUGCCCAAUAGAUGGUCAUCCUGGAAUUGCUAUUGAACCGGUAAUCGAUUCAUCGAGAUAUUUUGUUAUACGCCUGAAAAAUGAUAAUGGUCAAACGGCAUUUGUCGGUAUGGGAUUUGCGGAUCGAAGUGAUUCAUUUGAUCUGAAUGUUGCUUUACAAGAUCAUUUCAAAGCGAUACAAAAGUGCGAUAAACUGGAACGGGAGAUUGCCGCUGGUGACCAACCGAAGCUUGAUCUUGGUUUUAAAGCUGGUCAAACAAUUACGAUUAAUUUUGGAAAGAAAUCGUCAAGUUCUCAGCGGACGCAGUAUACUAAUAUAUCAGAUGAUGGAAAAAAACCUGUACCAUUGUUACCUCCUCCUCCUAGUUCAUCUGCCGUUCAACGCCCUCUACCACAUUCUUCGACACAAAACAUUACUGGUACUAGUAAUUGUUUGUGA